GUGUUGGUUAUGCUCAAAAUUCCCUCCACUCUCUCAACCUCAUAUCAUCAAAUGGCCUUCUUUCUGGGGUCUCCUCCUCCACCAACUCGCCUGAACUUCCAAGCUUCCUCAUCUUGCUCCACCUCCUCAUCUUCCUCGCGGUUCAACAGCACCGCUGGACGUGUCCAUGGAUUUUGGACUAGUAGAAGCAAAAGAAAACCAAGGUUUCCUAAAAUCUUUGCCAAAGCUUCAGAAAAGGAGGACAAUGACAAGCCAGCAUUCAACCCUUUUGGAUUUGUCACCGAUAAUCCUUCCAGUAAGAGUGCUAUUCAACUCCCUGAAUCCCCUGCCGAGGACGGCAAUGUCGGCCAAAUGCUUUCCAGAAUAGAAGACAAAGGAAGGGAAUAUGGCUCAUACAUCAAAUCUGGAGGGCUAAGAUGGUUUGUGAGAGAAACAGGGUCAGCUGCAAGCAGACGUGGAACCAUUGUGUUUCUUCAUGGGGCUCCAACACAAUCUUAUAGCUAUCGUAAUGUCAUGUCUCGGAUGGCAGAUUCUGGGUUUCACUGCUUUGCACCAGACUGGAUAGGAUUUGGGUUUAGUGACAAGCCACAGCCUGGAUAUGGUUUUGAUUACACUGAAAAAGAGUUCCAUGACGGAUUUGAUAAGUUACUAGAUGUCCUUGGGGUCACAUCUCCAUUUUUCCUCGUUGUUCAGGGAUUCCUUGUAGGCUCUUAUGGAUUGACUUGGGCUUUAAAGAACCAAAAUAAAAUAUCAAAGCUGGCAAUUCUGAACACUCCAUUGACAGUUUCAUCUCCUAUUCCUGGACUCUUUAAACAGCUCAGGAUUCCAUUCUUGGGUGAGUUCACUUGCCAGAAUGCUAUUAUGGCUGAGAGAUUUAUUGAAGCAGGUAGCGCUUAUGUUUUGAAGCUGGAGAAGGCUGAGGUGUACAGAUUACCAUAUUUGUCAAGCAGCGGACCCGGAUUUGCACUGCUUGAAGCAGCAAAAAAAGUGAACUUCAAUGAGUUGUUGGGUGAAAUUUCAUGUGGGUUUGCUUCAGGAAGGUGGGAUAAACCAAUCUUAGUUGCAUGGGGAAUAUCGGACAAGUAUCUUCCUCAAUCAGUGGCAGAAGAAUUCCAGAAAGGAAAUCCCGAGGUUGUCAAGCUUGAGUUAAUUGAAGGUGCAGGUCAUAUGCCGCAAGAGGACUGGCCAGAGAAAGUUGUUGAUGCCUUGAGAAUAUCCUUCUGAACCGCAAGGAGCCAACCCAUUGCGUACAUCAACGACAAGCCCCCAUAUGUGACUGAACCUUGGAAACUACUUGGGGAAAUGUACUUUAUUGGUUACCGCAAUUCUAAAUUUAACAUCAAAAGAUCGCAUACAAGUCAAAUGUAUUCUUAGCUAAAAGCUAGAUUCCGCCUAUAGUCAUUUCUUGUUUUACUGC